AUGGGAUACCAAUAUUACCAUUAUGAUCCAUCAGCAGGCGCGGCAAUUAGCUUUGCUGCUGUCUUUGGCCUAACGACGGUUAUACACAUUUGGCAGAUGAUUCGGACAAGGACAUGGUACUUGACACCAUUUGUCAUUGGUGGCAUAUUUGAGGCUAUCGGCUACCUAUGCAGGUAUAUCAGUGCGACCGAAACACCGAACUGGACGAUGAAACCAUACAUUGGACAGAGCCUACUAUUGCUCCUAGCGCCAGCCCUUUUCGCCGCAUCCGUGUACAUGAUUCUCGGGCGCAUUAUUCGAAUGCUGAAUGCCGGUUCUAUAUCCCUAAUCCGCCCAUCAUGGUUGACCAAGAUCUUCGUGACCGGCGACGUGUUAUCCUUCUUGGUGCAGAGUGGAGGAGGAGGGAUGCUGGCUCAAGCCAAGACACAAGAUUCAGUAAAGAUGGGCGAGAAUAUGAUCAUUGGUGGCCUGUUUAUCCAGAUCAUAUUCUUCGGAUUCUUCAUCGUCGUCUCGAUUGUCUUCCACCGUCGUAUGCUGUCCACGCCUAUGCAUCACAUGGUGGUCACUGAAGUCCCAUGGAACCGGUAUAUGAAGGUCCUGUAUACCGUCAGUGUUCUGGUUAUGAUCCGAUCUAUCUAUCGUGUUGCCGAGUACGUUCAAGGAAGUAGUGGAUAUUUGCAGAGCAAGGAGGCUUUCAUCUAUGUGUUUGAUGCAGCACUAAUGUUCACCUGCUGCAUCAUUCUCAAUUGGUGGCACCCUAGCAAGAUCGUUUCUGCUAGAAAGAAGGUUGAGAACGGUGGAGAUCUUGAGAUGCUGAAUAACACUCACUAUGAUAAUACUCAGUAUGGACGUUACUGA